UACCGGAAGUACUCGUUCAGUGUUCUUCGUUGGUGCCUUUUCGCUCGACGCCUUUCAUGAAAUACUUCCAUUCAUUUUGUAAAUUGCAGCAUUGAAGUUUAGCAUCUUUGCUUCGUUUAUCGUCGACUAAGUCGCAAUGAUUGAACCCAAGAAGAGAGCAGCGGACAUGGCGGUGGUUCCGGCCGCCGUGAAGCGGCCCCGGACGGAGCUGGUGGCGGCGGCUCAGUCUCAGCAACUCGUGGCUACGGGCCCCCCACGGACCUCCAGCCUUCAGGCUCCUAUCAUGCUGAUGUCUGGCCAUGAGGGUGAGGUCUACUGCUGCAAGUUUCACCCCAAUGGAGCCACGCUGGCCUCCUCAGGAUUUGACAGGCUCAUAUUGAUGUGGAACGUGUAUGGAGAUUGUGACAAUUUUGCCACUCUGAAGGGCCACAGCGGAGCAGUGAUGGAGCUGCACUACAACACAGAUGGCAGCGUGCUCUUCUCAGCGAGCACAGACAAGACUGUAGGUGUAUGGGACAGUGAAACGGGCGAGAGGAUCAAGCGACUGAAGGGCCACACCUCCUUCGUGAACACCUGCUACCCGGCCCGCCGAGGUCCCCAACUGGUCUGCACCGGCAGCGACGACGGAACAGUCAAGCUGUGGGACGUCCGCAAGAAAGGGGCGAUCCACACCUUCCAGAACACCUACCAGGUGCUGGCUGUGACAUUCAAUGACACCAGCGAUCAGAUCCUGUCCGGAGGCAUCGACAAUGAUAUCAAGGUCUGGGACCUGAGGCAGAAUAAGCUGAUCUACAACAUGCACGGCCACGGUGACUCAGUCACUGGACUCAGCCUGAGCUCUGAGGGAUCUUACCUUCUCUCCAACUCCAUGGAUAACACAGUGCGUAUUUGGGAUGUUCGACCAUUCGCGCCCAAAGAGAGAUGUGUGAAGAUUUUCCAGGGCAAUGUUCACAACUUUGAAAAGAACUUGCUGAGGUGCUCCUGGUCCACUGACGGCAGCAAGAUAGCAGCAGGAUCAGCUGACAGGUUUGUGUAUAUCUGGGACACCACAUCGCGAAGAAUCCUGUACAAGCUGCCGGGCCACGCUGGCUCCGUCAACGAAGUGGUCUUCCAUCCAGAUGAACCUAUAGUUCUGUCUGGAGCCAGCGAUAAACGUCUGUACAUGGGAGAAAUUCAGUAGCUUGUGUGUGUACAGUGGAAAGUAUGCGUGAGUGUGUGUUUGAGUGUCUGUGUCCUUGCUGGAAAGUAAGUGGAUGGGUGGUGUUCGACAGUGGGUUUGGAGUCUCUGUAAUUUCAUGUGGGUCGACCACGUCUCAGAACAACCUCAGGAUGUACGUUUGAAGUUUAUUAUGCUCGGCCACAAGAACCUCCACCAUGUUUUUUAAUCUGACGUCUUUCUUUUUAAUAAACUUCAGUGUUCUGGA